UUCCCCAUUCAAGUUUACAACAAUUAUCGCAGCCGUGCGAGCUGUUAUUUGGAAUGUCGCCGCUGAGCAAAUGCCAGCGGUAAAUUCAUACUCCGUAACGAUCCUUUCACCAAAUUCAAGCCGGGCACAUUACGCCGUUGAGCAACCCGUAUCAUUAGUCUGCAGCUUCGUCCAAUUAAUGUAUAUCCUCAUGCCAAGCGUGUAGCACGGGUAUCAGCGACGUGUACAACUCGAUCCUAUGGCGACAUAUAAAGUCUUUCCUCCUGUUGUGUAGUCCCAUCCUUGCGAUUAAAGCUCGACAUGAUGUGGGCCAUUGCAACGCUCCUACUUGCAGGUGUCGCCCAAGCAGCUAUCCCUAAUGCCAUGCUCCGUGGCAGGCCUUCUCUCCCAAAAAUCCCAGCGCCGGAACAUCCCGUCACUUCGCCGAAUGGCACGGCGCUCCCAUCCAUUGCGACUGUCUAUUACUUCGACCAGCUCAUCGACCACAAUGAUCCAGAACUCGGAAUCUUCCAGCAGCGGUACUGGAUGGACUGGGAGUUUUAUGAGCCUGGUGGUCCCAUUAUCUUGAUGACGCCUGGAGAAGAUGCCGCAGAUAACUACAUAGGCUACGUUACCAAUGGCAGUAUCAAUGGUCUCAUUGCUCAACAACAGAAAGGUGCAGCCAUUGUCGUCGAACACCGUUUCUUUGGCGAUUCCAAUCCAUAUGACGACCUCACCUCACAAUCUCUCGCUUUCCUCACCAUUCAACAGGCCAUUGAUGAUCUGGUUUAUUUCGCUACGACCGUAGACCUUCCGAUGCCUGGGGGUGAUUGCGUGAAGCCAGGUCAGGCGCCAUGGGUGCUGAUUGGAGGAAGCUAUUCGGGAGCCCUCACCAGUUGGACGAUGGUCAACAAACCGGGAAUUUUUUGGGCUGGAUACGCGUCCUCCGCCGUUGUGGAGACAAUCACUGACUAUUAUGCCUAUUUCACUCCGAUUCGCGAUUACAUGCCACAAAAUUGUUCUUCCGAUGUAGAGGCAGUGAUUGCCCACCUAGAUUCGAUGUACGCAGUGAAUGACACCUCUGGAAUUCAGGCGCUCAAGGAAGCAUUUGGUCUUGGUGACAUUGUACACGUAGACGAUUUCGCCUAUGCACUUCAAUACAACCUGUUUGAUUGGCAAAAUCUAGAGCCUUAUGUUGGCCCAGGAGCACUGUUCUUCCAGUUCUGUGAUGCACUCGAGGUCAAGGACGGUGUCAAUGCCGGAUCUCAAGGAUGGGGACUUGAAAACGCCAUCUACUCUUGGGGUAAAUUCUGGAAUACCACAUACUACAAUCAUGUGUGUAACACCCAGGAUGCCGAGACCUGUAUUGGGACGUAUAACACGAGCCAGUCCUACUGGACUAAUGUUACCGUGAAUAACGCCAACAGGUCGUGGACCUGGAUGGUGUAUGCAUUCUCUUUCAAAUCAAUAUCUGAUCUGACAAACCUUUCCAGGUGCAACCAAGUCGGAUUCUACCAAGUUGGCCCUCCCGAAGGCCAGCCUGCGAUCGUGAGCCGCAUCCUCCAACCCAUUUACGACGAGCGCCAAUGCGUCAACAUGUUCCCUCGAGCCUUCGCCUCUCCACCUGAGCCUACUACGGCGGAGACCAACAAAAUGUACGCUGGCUGGGACGUGGAUAUCCCACGUCUCUUCUUCGCCAAUGGCUUGCGCGACCCUUGGCGCGAGGCAACUGUGUCUGCUGACGGACUGAACAAGCCUAACACUACCAGCAUGCCGAUCUACGAGUCCGAUGGAUUCCACGCGUCAGACUUGAUCGUGGAGAAUGGCAUUGACGACCCGUCGGUCGCCGCCGUGCAGGAAGCAGCAUUAAUGUACAUGAAGGAGUGGCUUGCUGAGUGGAAGCCUUCCGCCUCGUAAAUUAUCCCAUUUUUCGGGAUUUGUGGACAUGCGAGUUGUUUAUCGAUAACUUAUCGUGUUAUAUGUCUCAGACUGCAAUGGAAGGAUGGUGCUGGUUCUUUCCGACCGCUCGGGAACCGCACCCGUGGCACCCAGAGGCUUGGAUUUAUUGAUUUUCCGUGCUACAUCCUGUAGAGCUAGCGCCAGCACUUUGGAAGGGCGAAGCAGAACGUGAGUAUUCUGCACUACUCUUUUUCUGGCAGGCCCUUCACUGUCGCACUCAAUUGAGAAACAGAGUGCCGGAGGCGCUCUACUGAAAGGCAAUGUCGAAAGUCGACUCAAGUUGAAUUCCAGUGAUGUGAAGCAAUGGAUGGCAGUACGAAAAUGCAAGUGACAUGGUACAGGCUGGGCAGCUCAACGUUGACUCCAAUUGUUACGUUUCCGAGUCGAUGUCUCCUCGAUUUCGAAUUCAAUACAAAGUUGUGACCUCAAACAAGCAUUGAACUAAAU